AUGAGUUCUUUAACUGAAGUGGGGAACACUCUCAAUCUGACUACGUACUCCAUGGCACCGCUUCUGCUGAAUCUCAGCGUGCUUGGCAGCAGAGGCCUGACAGGGUUUACGGUAAAUCGAUCUGGCUCCUGUAACCUUACCCUUGCCCCUGAAGCCCAACCAAGUGAUGCUUGCAGUGAGAGAAGGGGGAAAAACUGGCCAGCCCUUCUUAUCAUCAUCAUCGUCGUCCUGACAAUCGGGGGAAACAUUCUGGUUAUCAUGGCAGUGUCACUGGAGAAAAAACUGCAGAAUGCCACUAACUACUUCCUCAUGUCUCUGGCCAUAGCAGACAUGCUGGUGGGGAUCCUUGUCAUGCCCGUCUCUCUCAUCACUGUACUGUAUGGAUACAUCUGGCCAUUUCCUGCCAAACUGUGUCCCAUUUGGAUUUAUUUUGAUGUGCUAUUUUCAACUGCAUCCAUCAUGCACUUGUGCGCAAUAUCUUUGGAUCGCUACAUUGCAAUACGGAACCCUAUCCAUUAUAGUCGCUGCAACUCGAGAACAAAAGCAUUCAUGAAAAUAAUUGCUGUUUGGACAAUAUCUGUUGGUAUUUCAAUGCCAAUCCCAGUGUUUGGACUUCAAGAUGCCUCCAAGGUUUUCAAGAAUGACAGUUGUUCCCUCACAGAUGAACAUUUUGUCCUGGUGGGUUCCUUUGUGGCAUUCUUCAUUCCCCUCACAAUAAUGGUGGCAACGUACUUUUUGACAAUCAGGGUACUACAGCAGGAAGCCAUUUUGUGCUUGGAUGUUUUUAAACCCAAGCCCAAAUGUACAAACCUUCGGCUGUUUCUUCAGAAGAGCCCAUUGGCGGCCAACUCCUCAGACAAAGCAGCCAUGUUAAAGAAAUAUGAGAUUAAAGGGACAUCAUCUCCUCAGAUAUCAUCUUGGUGUUCCUCAAAUAAGGAGCUGAGGAUUUCAGGGAGACGGUCAAUGCAGUCAAUUAGCAAUGAGCAGAAGGCUUCAAAGGUUCUUGGGAUUGUAUUCUUUCUUUUUGUCGUGAUGUGGUGUCCAUUCUUUGUAACUAACGUGAUGUCUGUGAUGUGUAUCAAGAUGUGUGAUGAAGAACUUAUCGAAGAACUCCUCAGCAUAUUUGUCUGGGUGGGGUACCUCUCUUCUGGUAUCAAUCCACUUGUAUACACACUUUUCAACAAGACUUAUCGAUCAGCUUUCUUGCGAUACAUCCACUGUCAGUACAAGAAUGAGAAGAAGCCCGCUCAGCAAAUUCUAGUCAGCACAGUACCCACUCUGGCAUCCAGCAAGGACAGACUGCAGCUCUCCAGUACAGAGAGCUUGCGAAACAGCACAGAAAUGAGGACCAGGGCACAUUCCGUUGAAUCACUGGGAGAAAAUCAUCAGACUUCAAAAACUGAAACAGUUUAUAUCGCUGAGAAGGUCAGCUAUGUUUGA